CAGCAGAAAAGCCACAAACAGGGAUUUCAGUGGUUUUCAGUUAAUUUAAUUGUCUCUGUUUACCACAUGUUACAUUGACAUAUUUUUUCUGGAACUUUUUUUGCUUUUUAUUGUUUGUUCUCUACAAGUUUGUUUAUUUAUCCAUGUUACAAUACACACUUCUAAAUUAAUAAAAGAAACUUAGUUUAAAUACUGGUCCCACUCUUCCUCAUCCUCGUCACUUUGUCCUCUCUGUCCUGUAGUUUUCCACUCAGCUCUGAGGUAAUGUUCUGUUGAUGUUCUCUUAAUGUUCUGUUCUGUAUCUCAUCCUCAACAAACAAAGAUAAACCUUUUAAAAUGAAAAUGAGCUGAUAGACGUCCUGCUGAUGGUCCAGCUGGUUGAAUAGGGGUGUUGGAGAGUUCACAGCUUACUACAAGGCUGAUUAGCUGUAAGGAGAUUACAAGCACAGGAUGGCAAGUUAACGGACUCUUCAAAACUCCUUUUCUGGGCUGCAAUAUUUCCUUCAUGGCUCUACCUGUGGCGGGAGUUGCCUUGCCAAAGGAUGGUGGGAGGUCGGAGUGGAGACAGACCAGCAGCUGAAGUUAGAUGUUCGACACAUUUAUGUCAGCAAAGGUAAAAAUCUGUCCGUUGUUUUAUCCUCAGUGAAGCGUAAACUGGAUGGACGAGUGGAUCUGGGACGCCAUUUUCACAUCCACUUGUCUUUGUUUGCAUUUUGUUCAUACGUAGAUAAAAGAAUAAGUCAUUGUGUCGUAAAAAAGUUUAAAAAAAAAAAGCUCUGAAGUAGAAGUUUUCAGAAACAGUUUUCUUAAAUAGUGAAAUCUAUGAAUUAGACAGAUAAAAAUAAGAGAGUACAAGAGAAAAAAAGAAUGUUUGAAUUUGUGUCUCUGUUCAGUUGAAUCAGAAUAUUUCACUGCUGAAGUAACUGAUCAGAAUGAGAAACUGUCUGUGGAGCUGCUAACUGGCUGGAUGUGAUUAUAUGAUUCAUCUGACUCAGACCGAAGGGAAACAAACACACAACCAGUGUUCUGAUGAUGUUCUGAUGAUGUUUUGUGAUAUCAGCCCCACUUUUAUUAAACUCUGAACUUCUUCCUCCCCUGCAGUGGUCACACGCUGUCUUUGGAGUUGCUGGAUUGCAGUCAAGAGUGGCUAAAAUACCUCGCUAAGCUCCUUAUGACACUCUUCUCCUCUCACACCAAACGCUGACCUCUGACCUCUGAGCCCAUCUGACCUGAACAUGAAGCCUGCAACUCGACUGUAUGAGCAAAUUAUGACAUCUUCCUUAUGACAGGAGGGUCUGACGCCUUGAGUUUGGCGUUUUUGUCAGCCAGAGCCACAGAUUUACAAAACCGAGCAGCAGGCAUCGAGGGUUUAAACAGACAUGAUGUUGUCCAACAGACAGACUGUGAAGUCUCUUAGUGUAUAUUUGUGAUGUUGGGCUGUAUAAGCAAAAGUGACUUGACACAAAUGGAGAAUAAUGCAAAACAUCCAACCAUAGAACACCCCUGGAUACAGCUGACUGUAACUUUUAAAACCUACCACUGUUCUGGUGCCUUUAUCUUCACAAAUUAAUUGAAUGAAAGAAACUCAGGACUUCUAGAAUGUUUCAGUUAUUGGUAUUUAAUGAAAAGGUGACGCCUUAACAAACCUCUUAGAAGAAACUUUGAGGACUCAAAGAGGCCAACAAACAGCCUGGAUCCAAACUAAGGAGGAAAUGAUUAAUUGAAUGAGAUGCUGACUGGGAUUAUGACAGGAGAGAAGAUUCCGAUGCAGCACCUAGUGGUCCUAAACGCUGCUGCACCUUAAUAAACUCCAGUUUUUGACCAUGCUUGCAGCCUUUUGGACGUGAAACAUUUUCAGACCGGAGGACCGACAUGGCGGUCGGUAGGGUGACCUUCAGCAAGGCAGAGAGAGAGAAGCUAGCCGAGGUUCUCUGGCUGCUCAACUGGAUCUCCGUGGUGACCGGAGUGAUUCUCUUCAGCCUUGGCUUGUUCCUCAAAGUAGAGAUCCAGAAAUGGGCGGAGGUGAUGUCAGAAUAUGGGACCUUCUACGUGCCACACAUGCUGAUCACCACGGGCCUGGCAGCCUGCUGCAUCAACUACCUCGGCGGGCAGAUCUGCCUGGACUGCGCCGACACCAACAAGUUCCUGCGCUGGAAGCUGGUGAUGAUGCCCUACAUCAUCUGCACCUUCUUCUUCACGUCCUGCGUCCUGGCCGGGGCGCUCAUGUGCUACAGCAUCCGCAGCCAGCUGGAGGAGUCCCUGUUCCUGGGCCUGAGGAACGCCAUGCGGUACUACAAGGACACGGACACGCCGGGCCGCUGCUACCUCAAGAGGACCGUGGACAUGCUGCAGAUCCAGUUCCAGUGCUGUGGGAACACUGGGUACCGGGACUGGUUCCAGAUCCAGUGGAUCAGCAGCCGCUACCUGGACAUGACCAACAGCGCUGUGGUGGACCGGCUGAGGAGUAACGUGGAAGGGAAGUAUCUGAUGGACGGUGUUCCCUUCAGCUGCUGCAGCACCUUCUCCCCUCGGCCCUGCAUCCAGCAGCACCUCAACAACCGAACGGCCCGCUUGCACUACGACCAGGAGAGCCAGCAGCAGAACCUGUGGAGGAGAGGCUGUCGACAGGCCCUGCUGGACCACUACACCGGCAUCAUGGAGUCCAUCGGCCUCACCGUGCUGCUCAUCUGGCUGUUUGAGCUGCUGGUUCUGACGGGUGUCCGCUACCUGCAGACGGCCAUGGAGAACGUUCUCCUGCUGGGUGAUCCGGACUUGGAGUCAUACGGUUGGAUUCUGGAGAACAGCCUGGCAGAAAUGGCCCGGUCCAACUUCAACAUCAUCAAGAACCUGGGGAAGUGUUACCAAGUGGAUGACGAUCCCAACAUCAACGUCCCGACCGCCGCCGCAGAGCAUGAGGUGCCCUCCCAGCAGGUCCGGGUUCCUGUGACUAGCUAGCAUCAUCGUGGAUCACUGAAGCCAUCAGCUGCUCUGAUGAUGCAUCCCCAACUGGAUCCCUUCCAGAACGCAGAGCGACGAGAAUUCAGUGUUCAUCCUGAGGGAUAAGAACAAAAACUCGAUCCAGACAAGCUUGGACAGAUGUUUGAAGUCCAGCUGCAUUGUCCUCAGAGCUCUGCAGGUUUGAUGGACCACCAGCGUUUUCUGCCUUCAGAUGGUACGAGUGUAACCACAGCUUUUAAAAACAUCGACGAACAACUGUUCAUUGUGGUUUUAAGUUUUUAAGAUGAGUAAAUUUUUGUACUCCAGAGUGCAUUACUCAGAAAAAGAAAUGACAGGGACAUUUUUAAAUGUCAUGAAAGCAGACUUGUACAUUUAGUUUCUAAAUGACCUUCUAAAGGUACAAAUCUGUAAAGGAAGGGUGCUGGAUAAUAAAUAAAUCAGAACAGUAAUUUACCUUUUCCAUUUUUUAAUUUUCCAUUUCUGAGGCUGUUGCUAGAUAAUGUCAUCAAGCACCACAAAGAGAAGAACAUUAACAGAGGCCUGCAGGGGACAAGAUAACUCACAGCUUGUUAAGAGUUUGAAAAACCGGUUAAUCUCUGCAUUGUCUUUUGUCUUUGGCAGUCAGUUUGGAGCGGCUAUGGUUCCCCUACUGGGAGUCCAGAUGGUGACAUUGUGAGCCGUGUCUUAACCAUCAGGUGCUUUUCUUGCCAUUAUCUGUAAUGAACAUUAGGCUAAGUCUUUUUUCAAAAGCAAAAAUGUUAAGAGAUGAGCGGUAGUAGCUUCUCAAAUGGAAAUGUUUUGUUUCCCCAGUUUUCUUUUCAUACAUUAAACACUUUUAAACACAAGUUAAACAUGUCAGAUGUGUUAGCAAUGAAAAUAACUGCAGCCUCCCAGUUCUCUGAUGGAAUAGCAGAUCUUACAGAGGGUUUUCUGUUUGUACAUUACACAGAAAAAAGACAACUAUUCAGCUGCUCUACAAGUCGAGGCCACAUAAUGGAGGAUGGAAGUUCAUCUUGUGCUUUAGCGGAGCAAAUUCGUGACAACUUUACUUAACAGCACGAUUUGGAGGAAACCUGGGAAUAUUUCUUUGUUUCUCUGUAAAAACUUGAUGCCUUCAUCUGUUUUCUGUCUCUAUCUUCCUCCUCUGCUUCCUUUUGAAAUGUUGUCGACCGAGGUCUUUGUAGUAACUCAUGUUGUUUUUACAGGGUUUGUAGGUGUUAGUUUAAACAAUUUGCAGAUUUUGAUUUAAAGAAACAAUGAGAGCAAUGUGUUGAAGAGGACUUUUUGUUAAAUGUGCAACAUUUUAAACCUUUUCCAUGUCUGUGUGUGUGGCACAAAGAGGUCUAUGACUUGCUUAGACUAGCCUAGCACAAAGACUGGAAGCAGAAAACUGUUCACCAAACUAAACUGUAAACAACAACCAACAGUGUCAUUCCUAAAAUAUCCAACCAGCUGAGGUGUCAACAUGAUGCUGUGAUUUUCUCUCACUGCGAGUUCAUGUGCUUUAUUUUGAUUUUUCUCUUAAUAAAGUUCAAAUUUCUGAUUAUG